GUGCUACUUCUAACUUUAGCAGUUCUAGACCUGUGCAGCUGCAGGUCAUCAUACCUGAUGAGCAACUUGUGUAAGCAGACAAAGUUUCUCAUCAUUCGUGAUCAAGACUUGGUUAUUAGGAUUUAAUAAAAUGGAAAAUGGACAGACGCAGGAUGGAGCAGAGCCAAACAAAGGCCAAGAAGAGGAAGGGAACAGUCUGGAUUGGCUCCUAAGAAAAGACAGCCCGGAGAUAAUUCCUGCACCUAUGGAUACCAACGUUUUAAUGUCAAGACAAUACAGUACCAGUGUUGACAACAUUUACAGUAAAGCAUUCACCAGGGAGAUAGUCUUUGAAGCAGCAUCCAAGGGGGACACAGCUCAACUUAAUGGCCUGCUUGACUACCUGCGAGUUAAUGAUAAGCGACUUACGAGCCCAGAAUUCACAGAUGAAACGAAUGGGAAGACGGCACUCCUGAAAGCUUUGCUAAAUGUAAAAGAUGGAAAAAAUGACACCAUAGAAUACCUCCUUGAUGUAGCAGAGAAAACAGGAGAUUUAGAAAAUUUAAUCAAUGCGUCGUACAAAGAUCUUUACUACAGAGGUCAGACAGCUCUGCAUGUCGCCAUUGAAAGGAGGAGCUUUGACCAUGUGAAACUGCUAGUCCAGAAAGGAGCAGAUGUGCAAGCCAAAGCCAAUGGGAAGUUCUUUCAGCGUAAUGCAGAACUGGGCUUUUAUUUUGGAGAACUUCCACUGUCACUGGCUGCCUGCACGAACCAGCCCAAUAUUGUGUCCUUCCUCAUGGAAAACCCUUACAGAAGAGCUGACUUGGCUGACAGAGACUCUCAGGGAAACACUGUCUUGCACACCUUGGUGGUCAUAGCAGACAACACAACAGAGAACACAGAUAUGGUUGCAGGGAUGUAUGACCAGAUCCUCACUCAGCACAACAAACUUGAGAAAGAGAGAACAGUCGAUCUUGAAGGAAUUGAAAAUAAUCAGGGGCUGACUCCUCUGAAGUUAGCAGCCAAGCUUGGAAAGAUUGGGCUGUUCAGGCACAUUUUGCACCGGGAAUUCAUAGAUGAGGAGAUGAGGCCGUUGUCCAGGAAGUUCACAGAAUGUGUCUACGGACCUGUCCGUUCCUCACUUUAUGACUUGAGUUCCAUUGACACAGACGAAAACAACUCUGUGUUGGAGAUAGCUGUCUUUGGGAGUGAAAUUCGGAAUUGUCCGGAGAUGCUCCAGAUCGAGCCUCUACGCAGUCUCCUCCAGGAUAAAUGGGACAGGUUCGCCUCCAAAUUAUUCUUGAUGAAUUUCUUGGUGUAUCUGAUAUACCUGAUCAUCUUCACCACUGUGGCCUUCUACAGAAAGGAAGGACAGCCACCGUUUCCUAUCGAAGAUGCCCCAGUCGACUACUUCCGCUGCAUUGGUGAGAUCAUCAGUGUCCUUGGAGCAGUGUGGUUUUUCUAUAAAGCGAUAACUAUUUUAAAGAGGAAUCCCCCAAACUUCAAGACUCUAUACAUUGAUGGAUUCUGUGACAUUGUAUUUUUCCUGCAGGCCACACUCCUUCUAAUCUGUGCAGUUUUGUACUGCUGUGGACUGAGAGAGCAUGUUGGAUUGCUCGUACUGUCACUGGCUCUUGCCUGGAUCAAUGUACUUUACUACUCAAGAGGCUCUAAAGAGAUGGGGAUCUACAAUGUCAUGAUGCAGAAAAUGAUCCUGGGAGACCUGUUAAAGUUUUUAUGGGUCUAUGCUGUCUUGCUUUUUGGAUUUUCUGCAGCUAUUGUUACUCUCAUACACUCUGCUCCAGUUCCCAAAAAACGUCCCAAUGGCACACAGGGAGGUGAAAGCUUUCAUGUUGAGACAUUGAAGUGCGAGACGCCAACUUACAAUGACAUUAGAUUUACAAUGCUGGAAAUGUUCAAGUUCACUAUUGGAAUGGGAAAUCUGGAAUUUACAGACAAUGCUGAGUAUAAGGAAGUUUUCUACAUCCUGCUCAUCCUGUACAUAGUUCUCACUUACAUCCUGCUGCUCAAUAUGCUCAUCGCCCUGAUGGGCAACACAGUUGAAAGAAUCUCCAAACAAAGUGAAAACAUCUGGAACCUGCAGAGGGCCAUUACAAUUCUGGACAUGGAGAGGACUCUGCCGAGGGCUCUGAGGAGCAGGCUGCACACAGGAGUGUUGAAGAUGGUGUGUUUGAGAGGCGAGAAGGAUGGGUAUCGGAGAUUUUUCAGGGUGGAGGAAAUGAACUGGAGACAAUGGAGGUCAGAUCUUGGUGUGAUCCAGGAGGAAGACCCAGGGAAUCACAUGAUGAAGCAGCCCCAUGACCAGACCCCUGGAAAUCGAUGGAACCUGAAUCCACUAUUGGAGAGGAUUCGUACCAGACGUCACCGAACACAGCAUUCCAGUAUUCCCUAAUUUCAUCAGAUUGAAAAUCCCCAAAAACUGUAACCAGAGUUUAAAAUGUCAAUAUUCAGCUUCAGGUUUCACGUGGACAUUUAUUAAAAUGUAAUUUAUUUAUAUUCUGUUUGUUUUAGUAUAAUACAGUGGUGUCUGAUUUAGCUUUGUCUCACUUGAACUUGUUGUUGGGCUGUUUUUCAGGAGGUAAAACUUACAAAAUAGAUGAUUUUAGGCUGAGCCUUUGAUGUGGGAAUACAGCAUUGCAUGAUGAGAAACAUAAGCCUGAUAUUUUAGAUAACAUGUAAAUAAUCUCUGUCAGCCUUUGUGCAACUCUGAUCUGUAUUGAAUUCCUAUAGAUCCACCCCUUUGAGUUCCCCAAGUGUGUGAAUUUUGACAGCAUAAUUUCUGGUAGUGGGGGACUGCGUUCAUGCCCUCCCCUGAUAAAAUGUGAGAGAACAUGACAAUUGAGCUUUGAACAGUCAGAAGAUAAUAUGUGGGGCAGCAGUGGUAAAAUGUGGCACCGAAUGUGAUGUUAGGUGUUGUUGCUGUUCUACUCUAAAUUAAAGAAGAAAUCGCUGCA